CAACAAUAACUUAAACCUGGAGCUUAUGAUUCAAGGGGUGACGUGUCUAACUUUUAUCUAUUUAUUUCGUUAAUUUUAUAGUCCUUUACUUAAUGAUGACGUGCCGCACGUUAUUUGUGCUGAUGUAUCGCUUUUUCAUGACUCUAACAGUCAGUAGAUCAAUUUGUGCAUAAAGACUCUACCGAUGAUGCUGUUGACGUUGUCGAUAAAGCCUCUAUCCAGAAGGUGCUAGAUAUUGUGCAGAACCAUGAGGUUAGAACUGCUGUCAUGGAGGAUAAAAUGCAGUGUUUUGAGAAGCGUCUGUUAAAUAUUGUGAAGAACUUCACUGGCCUUCAUAACAAUUUACCCCAUCUUAAAGGAGGUGCUGAGACAUUCACGUCGGGGAUCUGUAGAACCAAUACUCAGGGCAUGCAGAACCCAUCACAAGCACAAUUAACUGGUCCAAAGUUGUACUCUAACACUGAUGAAUUCCUCGCCGGUGAAAUCCCUAUGCCAGCGGACAAAAAAAUAACAGAAACAAUUGCACUCAAGUCGCAUGACAAUGGAAAAGGCAUUGCAGGAGAAUGCCUAGUAGGGAUGUUUGACAUUACAGUCCCCAAUUCUCCUGACUACGACGACGAUGUUAUCAUCGACGAGCAACGUUCUACACCGAGGCCUAAGUCUCGUGUAGCAAAUUCGAAGCCCCCACUAGCUCGCAAACUGCAUUGGUCGACAGGAGUCCCGAAAGUCGGUAUCUCCCGAACUGUCGCUAGGAGUUCACCUGUCAUAAGAUCCACAGAGAUGGUACAGGUUCUCUUAAAAAGUUGUUGUCUCUUUCUUUAAGGCCUUCAUAUUCUCCCCAAUCAAUAUUUUACACUAUUUAGUUUGCUGUAAAUGAUGUAAGGUUUUGAUGAACUAGAUAAUGCAUUCUGUCAUGCAACUUCCGAGCCUAACCCACACGGAUUGCAACACCCAGGUUGGUGAGUUAUUUUCAGGUUCACCUUGUAGGACUAGACCAACGAAACUACCCAAGAUGGAGCCUCUAGACAAUGACAGUAUUCCUCAUUCUGCUGAAAUUUCACCCUAUAUACCAGUUCUUUCGAUGAGAGGGUGUGUGAACAAUCAAGUCCCCCUCAUAACCCAAGUUGGUCCACCCACAAGUGUCCUACGAGAUCCACUCUUAAACAGCUACGAUUCCCCUGUUUUUCUAAUUCCACAGGCAAGUACAUAAGAGUAUUUUAUAGUAAUAAAUAACCUGACUCAAGGAAGAAAGAGUUGAUGCAUUUCUUUUGUUGCUAUUAUGUGCAGACCUACGACAUGGAGUUCAGGCCGACCCCGGAGAUGGACCUUGUGUAUGAUGAAGUCUGAUUUGCGGCUUAUAUAUUUCGAAAGACUAAUGAGACUAAUAACUACGGGUACUUUCUUUUGCACCAGUUUGCCAAUAUGGUUUGAUUUAGUUUUUUAACUUUUUUUUAUGCCAUUAUUUAACAAAUGUACUCACUUGUGCCAUUCAUGCAUAGGGAAAUUUUGUUCAAAUUCACUCAACUUGAGGUUUCCAGAGGGCAGUUAUUUUCUCUUUGUCCACGUUAUGUGCCCCAUUCUGAUGUGAGUUAAUUCAUUUCAGUCUUAGAAAUAAUAUUGACACGGGAAGGUACCGAGAAUACAUUGACGUAUGGUUUCUUUUAAAAAAUUUUGCAGAUUGUUAAUAUUACUGUAAUGAUGGCUUCCAUGAAAGCCUCAAGAGCAUUACCACCUCGUAAAUGGUUUGUUCCUUCUACCAUGGCAAAUGAUAUUCUCCUUCUAAAACCUUUGGAGGUCAUCAUCAAACGGUACCUUGAGCGAUGGAUGCCUGAAACAACCCAACUGGAACAUGUGUUUGUGCCAAUUUGCGAAGCAAGUCAUUCAUGGUAUCUGAUGGUCAUAGAUGUAUCAAAUGCAAGGGUGUACUCUCUUGACGUGACCAAGGCACCGGAUACAAUAGAACGGCGAGAACGCAACAUGCGAACCAUAAUGAUUGCGCUAUCACAAAUUUUUAGGCUAGACCGCAACGCUGGAAGCUUCCAGCUUGUGUCCCCUGACCCUACUACAUGGGGACCUAUUCAAUAUCCACAAGGAGUUCCUACUCUGGAUGACAGGUAUGAGAAAAUCAAGCUCGUGAAUCAUUGUUUACAAAAGAAUGAUACCAUUGUGAACGUGAAGUAAUUUAUGGUGAAAACAAAUGGCAGCUUUCAGUCGGCAACAUGGAUGUUAUAUUGGCUUCAACUGGCUGGCAAAUUCAACAUCACUGACAUAGGAAACAUGGUAAGAUAUACAAGAUUUCUUUUAAAAUUGGGACAGAAGUUGCCUUCCUCGACCGAUGUUUCACUUCGUUACCUAAAUUUUGUGUGGAUUUCAUGAAUAGACAAUGCCGGAUAGGGUGCGGAUGAGGACAGCUAUAAACAUCGUCCGCUUUCCAAUCAACGAGGUUCUAAAGAAGGUUGAUUUGAAUAGUGCAGCGGCAUGGAACACCAUUCUGCACAGCAUUGAGUAGCAAACAUGGAUUAUUCCUAUUUAUCUUAGAAUUGCAAAAUGUUAAUGAAUUAUAUAGGUCUGUCAUGAUAUUAAGAUGUAAUGCUCUACUUGUUUAGUUAUUUUGGUGUGGAGAAUAGUGAUCUAGGGUACCCGUCAUAGCACACAAUUCACAUUUCCAAGCUUAGGUAUACUCUUUUAGAGUUACCUCUUUUGAACCAUGGUGAAAUAUUAGUCUUUAGGCUUCACUGUUGUUAAAUCUAUCUAUGCAUAUGUAUUUUGAAUCUGAAUCAUGAAGACCAAUAGUAU